CAAGCAUAUCAGCUUUAAUUAGCUUAUAAAACCACAGAAACAAACAAGAUUACCAGCAUUCGCAAGAACAACACUGGUGAGUGAUGGCUGGCUGAAUUUGAGGGAAGAACAUCAGCCAUGGGAGGCAGUUGGCUUGACUGUAUCCCUCUAGUUGAUAAAGCUUUCUUCUCCGUCUGGCCGCAGUAAAAUAUUUAUGUUAUUGUCGCACUUGUAAGUGUGUGUGGGACCAUCAUGACCGGGUGAUCGCUUUACUCGAGCUUCUGGCAUCGAAGUCGUCAUCUGUCUAGAGACUGCCGUCGCUUGAUUAUGGUUAAGAUCAGCGGUGCCUGAGUUUUAAUCAACUGUAGAGUAGCGCUGGGCCUCCUGGCCCUCCAGCUAGUCCUCCUAUUAAGGAGUACUUUAUAUUUUAUAGACUCUAAUCAUUAUUUUGGUCAAGGAUAAGCCUGAUAUUACUUCUCAUCCCAGUUUCACUAUCAAAAGGAACAAAGUUUAAAAGGUUAUUUUUAUUUUAUAAUUGAAAUGGUUAGAUUUUCGUGCUUCUCCACUCCCCCAGUCAGCAGAUCAAAGAAAGUAGCUCAACGUUCUAUUGGAACAUUGCAGACAGAUUAUCAAAGUGCAAUUCAGGAUGAAUCAAUAAAGUUUGUUAAAGAUUCUGUAAAAUCGAACCCUUUGAUCGACAACUAUAAUUCUUCCUAUAACUCUGUGGAGAGAAGUACAUCUACUUACUCUCUGCAAGGUUGUUGGAGAUCGGAUAGCCUGAAUGUUAAUAUUCCUGAGGAUAACCAUGAGAUACCACAGACAGUACUGAUACGUAAAAGUCAUUCUCUACGCAGCAUUAUGGAGGAAGGGAGUGAUUACUCUGGCGAUGAUAUCACAGAGGACGAUGAUAUUGAUCAUGGAUUUUCAUAUGGUUUAUUGAACGGUUGGAAAUUGAAGGAAGUUCCAGAGUUAUCUGAUAAUGCUAAUUCUACAGAGGUUUUUCACCAUGAAAAUGAUAGGAAAGAUUAUCAGAAUCAGAAGGAAAAUGACUUAAUGAAAUCCUUUGAUGUCCUUACAGAUCCCAUGCAUCAUGAAACACUUUUCUCUAUAGAAGUUUUGAAGCAACCUGAUACAGAUUGGCAUGCUGAUAUUGCUGAGAAGGCUGUUGAUGAUGUUGCUGACUUUGGAUGCUCAUCAGAACAUAUUCCUACUUUAUCAAGAUCAUUUUCCGUGGCUAACCUCAGAGUAAAUAAGACUGAAUACGGCAAAAAUGACUCAAGGCAUAGAAGCAUUUUUCGUAGGUCUCGAUCCUUUUCAGAUCUAAAUAACUUGAAUAUACUAGAAACAGAACAUAAAAGUGGUGAAAAAUAUUUUGAUUCUGGGGAUACUGUUGAGAAAAAUGUCAUUAGUUAUCACUCUAAUUUGCCCCUACAUGAUGAUGUUACUGGAAAAGUUCCAUGGUAUGAUGAUAAGGAAGUGGGAGGUCUCAGUUUGGUGAGAAGGAAAAUCAUUAAGUUUAAUGAUAGUGAUGGUAAAUGCUUGAAGUUGAAGUUAGACAUGGAUAAUAAAGCUGCAUGCAACUCAAAAGGUAAUUUUAGUUUUGCAGACGCCUUGAGAAAAUCUGAAGCAAGUAAUGCUAAUAUCACAAGGGAGUUCCAACAGGAAUCUUCUCACGACAAUUGGGAUCAACUGACCCCUCAAGAAUUUAGUAUAAGGAGAGUAGAAAAUUGGAUAAGUCAGAUUGAUAUCCAUUGUGACCUUAUUGUUGAAGAACAAGAAGCGAGUUCUACUACUGUUUCCAAAGAGGAACCCCAAAUUUUAGCUGCUGUGGAUCCCCCAAAAUCUGAGACUCGAAGCAACCUGGCCAUGGAGGUAGCUUACAAUUAUAUCUCUUCCAUGACUUCCUCAUCUUCAUCAGCGCAAAUGGCAAAUCUUGGGUUGGUUGCAGUCCCUGUUCUUAGUUCAUUUAUCAGUUUGCGAGUACUAAACUUAUCAGGCAAUGCUUUGGUUCAGAUAACUCCAGGAUGUCUUCCAAAAGGCCUCCACAUGUUGAACUUGUCAAAGAAUAACAUAUCAACUAUUGAAGGCCUCCGUGAUCUAUCACGUCUUCGUGUUUUGGACCUCAACUAUAACCGAAUAGCUAGAAUUGGCCAUGGUUUAGCUUCCUGUUCCUCACUCAAGGAACUUUAUUUAGCUGGUAAUAAAAUCAGUGAGGUAGAAGGUCUGCACCGUCUCCUCAAACUGAGCACCUUAGACUUGCGGUUCAACAAAAUCUCUACUUCUAAAGGCCUUGGACAACUAGCUGCUAACUAUGACUCUUUGCAAGCAAUAAAUCUUGAGGGAAAUCCUGCCCAGAAAAAUGUUGGAGAUGAGCAGCUGAAAAAGUUUCUUCUUGGUCUUCUUCCUAAUCUUGUCUACUACAGCAAGCAGGCUAUUCGAAUGGGCUCAAAGGAAGUUUCAGACAGUGCCGCUCCGGCUGUUGCUUCACCUCAGUUUGAUAGAGGCUUAAGAGUUGAGCACAAGAAUUCACAAAGGGGAUCUCGUGGCUCAGACCUUAACCUGUUGGCAUCAAACAAUGGACAGCAAAUUCUUGCUACUCCACCACCAUCAAGGAAGCCUUCCAAGGAAAGGCAUGUGCGGUUGCAACUGCCACCUGCUUCACUAAACCAGCCAAGCUGCGUUCGGAUACUGGCAAAAAACCACUUGGUAUCAACACUAAUGAUGCUAUGAAGCGAAGCUGAAGCACUGAUGUACUUCGAGGCUUUUUCAAAUUGUAAUUGCAAGAGCAGAUGAACUAUGGCUUGUAUGAAAGAGAUGCUGCUUGCAGUCUAGUCUGGUCCUUGAAAUAAACUUCUGCCAGCACCAGUCUUGUAAUUUCCAGGGUAUCUUUGUUGGUUCUUUUAGUGGGUUGAAAUCUCCCAUGCAUGAA